UCUCUUCCCAUCGUCUAAGACUGUGGUUUCACAAAGGAGUACAACUGGAUUGCCGGAGCUUAUAAAACUACGCUCGUUUGAUGCAUUUACUUCAAGGGACUUAUUUACUUGACUUUUUUGAGACACCAUGGAAGGCUGUUGACGACUUACUUGCUGUAAGUGAACCCAAGAGAUCAGCCUGAGCAAAUAGGUUGGGUUUGCAGGGAACAAACAAAAAUGGCUGCCCAUCGAAUAAGAGCCACCAACAACAACAACAUUUCAUUGCCGCGAUGCAAAUCAGAGGGGACACUUAUUGAUCUCAGUGAUGGAGUGUCUGAAUCCAGCUGCCUUACUGAUGUCAAAGUGCUUUCUCCUAGUGCCUUACGACUGGACACCACUUCCUCCUUUGGAACUGCCAGGGAAGUUGUUGCCAUUAAGGAUUACUGUCCAUCCAGCUUCACCACCCUCAAGUUCACCAAAGGAGAACAUCUCUUUGUGCUGGACACAUCAGGUGGAGAGUGGUGGUACGCCCACAACAACACUGAGAUGGGUUACAUCCCCGCAGCAUAUGUCCAGCCCAUCAACUACCGGGACUCCUCGUUCAGUGACAGCGGCAUGAUCGACAGCCUAGGAGACUGCUCUGUUGAAGAGGGAGCCAAGGAGCUGGAUCUCCUUGGGGAUUGGACUGGCGUGAUAUUGAAACCCACUACCAAACAAAACGGGAACCCCUUUGUCCCCCAUCACCAGCCCCUUAGCCGUAGCUCCACUAAUCCUUUUCUAAAUGGAGCCCUUCAGGGUUCAAUGGAUCAGAACAGUAAUGAAAACAGUAAGUCAGUGGACCUUCUUCAUUUUGACACCCUAGUUCCCUCUGUCCCACCAAACUCCACUAGCAGCACUGUUAACAUCAACGGCUUUGGCAGUGGCGUCCUGAACCCCAUCAGUCCCAGCCUAGGAGUGGGACAGACAUUACGUAGGGACAACCCAUUCUUCAGGAGCAAGAGAUCGUACAGUCUCUCAGAACUUUCCAUCCUGCAGGCUCAGAAUGACACCCCUCUGGCAGCAUCAGGUUUCUUUGGAGGCCUGAAAGCCCCAGUGCCUGAGCAGUUUCAGAGCAGAGAGGACUUCAGGGAAGCAUGGCUCAAUCAUCGUAAGCUUGCAAGGUCCUGCCAUGAUCUGGACUCCUUGGGUCAGAACCCUGGCUGGGGCCAAACACAGCCAGUGGAAACCAAUAUUGUGUGUCGUCUAGACAGUUCUGGUGGAGCCAUCCAGCUUCCAGACACUAGUAUCAGCGUUCACAUACCUGAAGGCCACGUGGCUGGUGGAGAUACCCAGCAGAUCUCCAUUAAGGCCUUGCUUGACCCGCCACUGGAGCUUAACAAUGACCGAACAACAACUGUAAGCCCUGUUGUGGAGAUCAAACUCAGCAACAUGGAGACCAAAACCACUGUCACCCUUGAAAUGAAAGUGUCCGUUGUAGUGAAGAAGGAGAGCAGACAGACAACUGAGGUCAUGUGUGUGAGGAGUGACUGCAAAGAGGGUCCCUACAUGCCAAUCCCUAUGGCAUACAUGUAUGGGGAUACUGUCCAGGUCUGUCUGGAUAACCUUGAGCCUUGCAUGUAUGUUUCUGUUGUGGCUCAGACUCAGUCUGUUACUCCAGACAUGACUGUUUGGGACCACGUGGUAAAGAAGGUCACCCUGGGUGUUUAUGGUCCCAAGCAUAUCCACCCAUCCUUUAAGACUGUGGUGGCUAUAUUUGGCCAUGACUGUGCUCCAAAGACAUUGCUGGUGAGUGAAGUAGGAAAGCAGGCUCACUCAUCCCCGCCAGUGGCCCUUCAACUCUGGGGAAAGCACCAGUUUGUCCUGGCCAGACCCCAGGACCUUCGGGUAGGAGUUUACUCCAAUAUGGCCAAUUAUGAGGUUAAGGCUAGUGAGCAAGCCAGAGUUGUCAGGGGGUUCCAAGUCAAACUGGGAAAGGUUAGCCGGCUUGUCUAUGUGAUCGCCUCGCGUACUGCUGAUGACGUUUCAGAUUUCACAUUGCGCGUGCAGGUAAAGGAUGACCAGGAUUUUAUUCUUGCUCAGUUCUGUGUUCAAACACCAACACCCCCACCCAUGAACGGUCCGCGAACAUCUGCGCAGAGGCGCUUCCUGAAGAAGAAAGAAGUAGGAAAAAUUGUCUUGUCGUCUCUUGCAAUAACUACGAAGUACCCUGUGUUCCACGACCGGCGAAUCCACAACCUUAAGUUUGGCAAGCUGAUCAAAACAGUAAUCCGUCAGACUAAAAACCAAUAUUUACUGGAGUACAAAAAGGGGGAUUAUGUUGCUCUUCUGAGCGAGGAGAAAAUUAAACUGAAGGGACAUUUGUGGACUAAGGAAUGGUACAUUGGGUACUAUCAAGGUAGGACAGGCCUUGUCCAUGCAAAAAAUGUUCUGGUGGUGGGAAAAGUGAAGCCCAUUUAUUUUUGUGGGGCUGAACUUACCACUACACUCUUACUGGAGCAAAUCCUGAAACCCUGCAAAUUCCUCACAUACAUCUAUGCCUCUGUAAGGACUAUACUAAUGGAGAACAUAGGAAACUGGAGGUUAUUCGCCGAUGCCCUGGGUUAUGUCAACCUACCGCUGACACAUUUCUGCCGUGCAGAGCUGGACAGCGAGCCUGAGAGGGUGGCUUCUGUUCUGGAAAAGCUGAAGGAGGACUGCAACAAUACAGAGGGCAAGGAGAGGAAGUCCUUCCAGAAGGAACUCAUGACCGCUUUGCUGAAGAUGGACUGCCAGGGCCUGGUGGCCAGGCUGGUGAUGGACUUUGUCCUGCUGACCACGGCAGUGGAGGUCGCUGGGAGAUGGAGGGAGCUGGCUGAGAGGCUGGCCAAGGUAUCCCGUCUGCAGAUGGAGGCAUAUGAGGCACCACACCGAGACAAAAACGGAGUAGUGGACAACGAGGCCAUGUGGAAGCCAGCCUACGACUUCCUGCUGACAUGGGCGGCACAGAUUGGGGACAGCUACCGGGACGUGAUCCAGGAGCUGCACAUGGGCCUGGACAAGAUGAAGAGCCCCAUCACCAAGCGUUGGAAACACCUGACAGGCACCCUCAUCCUCGUCAACUGCCUGGAUACACUCCGGAGCUCCGCCUUCAGCCCUGGCUCUCAGGACGACUGUGCCAUCUAGAUCUGGCCAUCAUCAUCACUCAUCUGGUGCAAUCCGUCUACUCCCCUUUCAUCUUCACUAACUGAAAAGCAGCAUUUCUCUUUAGUGUAGAUGAAGGAAAGAAGAGGAGGAAGCCACUUUAUAUUAUAGUUAUGUACCUAAAGACUCCACCUCUUGUGGUACUUUCUACAUACAUCAUCAUCCUAACCCCACAACUGACCUUGACAAUAGGGAUAAUUUGCACAGGGAGAGGCUGCAAAACUAUUAUGUAUUUUGAGAUGGAACCGAAUUACACAGACCAACUUUAUUUUGACGAAGACUAAAGUGACUUGUGCACAGUGUUCUUUGAUAGUUAAUUAAAGUUCUAGGUUUUUUAAUUAGUAAGUUUGUUCCAUAUAUUGAAAGGCAAAAGUAAUGUGGUUCAUAUACAAAUUAUUUUGUUUACUUGCAUGAUGUGCAAAAAUGUACUAACUAGCAAGCAGUCGAGUUCUGACCCAGGUUUGAUGAGUGUGGUAUAUAUUGGAUUUGUAUUGAUUGUGGUUUGCCACGUAUAAAAGCUAGCUCGUUAGCUAUGUAAUUGCUUGAUAUUUGUUAGCCAGCCUUUGCCCUACUGGUAUUGAGGAUUUAAAGACACAGUCCACGUUCAGGGACCCGACUACUUAGUUUAGUACACCUUCAUUUCUGGCCAAAUGUAUAUAAUGUAGCUAGUUAUCUAGCUACGUAGCUUCGGACACGGCAUCAGACUGUUUCCCUUCAGAUGUGGCUGUGUUGAAAAAUAUUCCUGAGACCCAGUUAGUUAUCGAAUGGCCACCGAUGUGACGUGUGGAUGACCCACCAGAGGCAAUGACAAACGUUAUUGUUUUCGCUUCUCCCUUUUUCAACGUAUUCCCUGUUGGUGUUGGAGAUUUUGCACAAAAGCUGGUCGUCUGUCUGGUCCCACUGAGUCCGGCUUCCUCCGGAACUGCCUUCAGCCCAUAACCCCCAGGAGGACUAGGCCACUAGACAGUGCCCCUAAUUCCCCACCACGUAUGGCCCUCAGCCAAACUACACAAUGCCACAUACUCUGUAUUUACAAAUACAAUUUAAAUCGUGGUUGUCUGAAAUAGUAUGUAUUUUUUUUUACUCUAAACUUGGCACAGCCUUUUUAAAGACAUUUUGACACCUUUUGUUCAGAAUUUUGGAGUCAAUCGAACGUCAAAAGAAGAAACCUUGUUCUUUGUUCUUGUCACGUGUGUCAAACAAGCUAUAUAUAAUGUUUAUUUAUAAAUCUUGGAAUUUCUAAGAUCAAAGCCAACACUUAUUGUUCAGGGUUUCCUCCAUCAGUGUUCUGUUUUAUUUUAUCUCCUUUGUUAGGACAUUUUUAAGGAUGAAGUUUAUAACUGUGCAUAUCUGAUUUAAUUAUGUUAUUUCAUUUCAGGUCUUUCAGCUUCUUCCGUCAACUUUUUCACCUUCCUUUUAAAAGAAAUCUCUGCCCUGCUGUUGUUUUUUAUAAUGUUUCUUUUAAUAUUUUGUACCAAAGGUUAUCAGCAGUUAAUAUUGCUUUACGUAUACAUAGAUGGCCUCAUUCAACAAAUUUUGUGGUGUUGAAGAUUGUUAAAUAUUCCAGAAGUGUUGUGUCCUCAUAUGUGUUGUGUUCAGCGAUGAGCACUGUGCUGCAUCGGGCAUCUGUUUCGUGACUGCAUACUUCUAUGGAGAAGAAUAUAAAUAAAAUGUAAAUAUUUAUACACAUUAUUCA